AUGCUUCAUGGGAUCAAAAUCAAGAAGGCAGCACGCAUGGUGUACCAUGAGGGCUUCCACAACCUCUAUCGGGGUUACCUUCCACCCCUCUGCCAGAAGACUACAUCUCUUGCUUUGAUGUUUGGUGUCUAUGAUACAUUUCAGAGAGAGAUUCUCCUCUUGGACCCAAGCUUGAAUCGGCACAUUGUGAAUGCUGUUUCUGCAUUUGGUGCAGGAACUGUAGAAGCAGUUUUGACUCCUUUUGAAAGAGUUCAAACACUCAUGCAAGACAAGGCGUAUCAUGGGCAUUUCAGGAAUACUCUCCAUGCUUUUAGGUUUUUAUGGCCUUUUGGGAUAGCAGAAUAUUACAGAGGACUCGUGCCAAUUCUCAUUCGUAAUGGACCCUCCAACAUUCUGUUCUUUGAACUAAGAGGUGAAGUAAAGGCUCACCUUCCUAUGCCAAGGUCUUCUACUUGGUACACUGAAUUUUAUGGUGACUUUGUGAGUGGUGCAUGUAUUGGAGCCUUCAUCAGCACCCUAUGCUAUCCUCUCAAUGUUGUGAAGACUCAGAUGCAGAGUGUCGUUGGUGAAAAGGAAUAUACCCGGUUUCUUCAGGCAGCCCAUUAUGUAUAUGAGGAACGGAAUAGAAGUUGGCGAAGGAUAUUCCGUGGUUUCCACUUGAAUUACACACGUGCCUUAGUCAGCUGGGGUGUGAUUAAUGCCUCGUAUGAAGUUCUUCGUAAAUUUGUGUACUAG